AUGAAAAUCUUUGAUAUCAGAUUUGAGACGGUUGAGGUGGUUGAAUCUGUUGAAUUUGUUGGACCGGUUAAGUUGUUUGAACCGUUUGGUCUCUCGAUUUUCGUCUCGAACAACAAUAAAAAAAAUUCAUUGCAAUCUGUACAUUUUUUAGCGAUCAACCAAGUGCCAUAUUUUCGGUCGCAGCAUGCGCUUAAGCCUUCGCAAGUAGAUGCAAAAUUGGCAGCAUAUGAUCACGCUGUAGCACCAAAGUUCACUCUUUAUAAUGCCACAAAAACUACCGCCACUUCGAGCUGUGAACAGAAAUUACUUGAGGAAGUCGCCUCGUUGAAGGAGAAACUUUGCAAGACUGAAUAUGUGUUCGAUUUUAUCGUGAGCCCGAAACGAACGAACGGAUUCAAGUGGAAUGUAGAUGUCAGAGAUGCGACUCUUGAAGGACUCAAGAAAUAUAUACGCAAAGAAAAUGAACCACCAUCUCUUGAAAAGAUGGAGCAGUAUUAA